AUGGUCAGGGAUUAUGACAGUUCUGGAAUGGCUUCGGUAUUUGCAGUGCUUCCUAGGUAUCCUAUAAAUCAGACCAAUGUCUCUUUAGAAAUUCAAUUGUUUCCUAUCUUCUGACCUAAAUUCAUCGUGCAUCGUUCGUCGUUGCACGCAUUCGGCUAAUCGCAUGUAGUGCACGCGAUUAUCAUCCUUUCAAGCGGUUAGGGUUCCGUAGCAGUGAUCAUGACCGAGGAUGUUAGUGUUAUGAUUCAGAAAGGCCUGUCCGAAUGGUGGAGUGAAGAAACCGAGUACAUCUUCCAGCGAAUCGAGCGAUGGGCCGCGUACGCAAGGGGUUACAACCGUCUGAGGUCGCAAAGAUUAUCAAGAGGUCGCAUGACUAUGCAAGGUGGACAGGAGCCACGUUGGAGUAUUUCCUCGAACAAGCUUAUUAUCGACGAUUGCUCCUGGAGUCCACGUUUCCACACCUUGAAGAAAUCACGACGAAAGUCUCGGCCGGAGGAAACGAAGAUCAAUUGCUGCGGGACUUUCAACUACCAAUCGAACAGCAAUCUGGACAGCUCUUGCCUGGAAACAUAUAGAUACGAUCAUAGCAUUUAUUUCAAGACGAUCGGCGACAUUAAAAACGGCAAAAAAGAUGGUAAUGAUAUUAAGAACGAGCAAGAAGAUAGAAUUUCUAUCAGUAGCGAGGAGCUGGUCGAAUGGGACGUCAACACAAUGUCGGAUUUCAUCGCCAAUCAAUUACUAGAAGAUACGUUCGCUAAUAUGGACGACGAAAACGUUUUCGAUUCUACGGGAAAUUCUGAUCAAGAUGCAAAUAGGCUUGACUCUGUCACUUGGUUCAACGUGGAUUUGUCUAAGCUCGAUUUAAAUGAAGGGGCUGUCACUGUUACUGUUACCGAGGCACAAGAUAAUGAGAACAAUUCGAUAAUUUCCGGCAACGAAGAGGAAACGAAUAAUAAUUACACGCAAAAUAGAGAAUCUGUAGUGAAUGCGAAUUUGAAGAAUCAAACGCAAUUAGAUUGUGUAGUCGAAGACGAAAAUAAUGCAAAGGAAACGCAAUCAUCUGAAGAGGGAAUUAAGAAGUUUCUUGACAGUCGAAGAACAAGAUCACACAGAACGGUUAAACAAUCACCGGUUGUUGGUGAUAAUGAAGUGAUUUGGCCGAGUGUAUUACUAAAUUACACUAGAAACAUCGACCCUUUCGAUUCACCGCAUCAUUACAAUAAAUCAUAAAAAUAAAUGAAAGAGAAAAAUCUUCAAGAUGUUAUGAAUUUAAUUUCAUAGAUAUAUAUGCACAUGUAUAAAUGUUUCAUUCAAUAUAUGCACAUGUAUAAAAUUAUCCCUAUAACAUCGUCUUAUUUUAUUCGAACACAUUUCUUUCGUGUCAAAUUCAACUUAAUCAUCAAUUAUAUUCGUUAUAAAAUAAACAUUUACGAAAAAUUAAAACAUUAAAUUCGUUAAAACAUUAAUUCAUGUUAUCUUUAUCAAUCAUUGUACUGAUACAAUCUGUUUAUUAUUAUUAUAUGAAUAAUACAAUAGGCUAAUAAAUGUUUUAUAACUAGAAAGUUAAAAAUAUACCUAGAUGGAAAUAUAAGUAAUGGACUAGAUGCAUUGCAAUAAAAAUAAAAAAUAUUUUUGAAUUUACAGUUAUUCGUAAAUAAUUUUUCCCUUAUUUGUAAUAACAUGUUUCUAAUUUUUAAAUAUAGAAAAUGAAGUGUUAGCAAAAGAAGAUUCUUUCAUUUAUUGUGUCAUGAUAUAAUAUUUUAACAUCAUGUAAAAUUGUAAUAUAAAUGUCGUUUGUUAUAAGAAAAUUUUAUUCUUUUUAUUUAUGAUGCUGUAAAGUUUUGGAAAGUAUAUUAAAUAUGUAUAAAAUAUAAAUAGUAUAUAAAUAAUGAUAUAAAACAAUAAAAUGGAAAUAAACAGAAAUUACAAAAAUAUCUUUAUAAAUCAAUUCAAGAUUCUCCCAUAUAUAUGCAACAUAAAUAUUUAUUAUUUAAAUAACAUAAAUGUUUAUGUUGAUACAGCUAAUUAUCAAUCAACACAAACGUUAUUUAAUUCUUUGGACAUUAACAUUUUUUACGCUGAAAUUAUUUCAUAGUAUAAAAAUUAUCGACUGACAAAUUCCAAUUAAUUUGUAAAUAAAUAUGUAACAUAUUAUAUUAUUUUACAUUACAAACGACAAAAAUAAUAAUAUUUCAGUUUUUUAUUGAGCCAACAUUUUGUUAUACUAUUUAUUAAGUUAUAUAAAUUUUAAUAGUUAUAUUAAUAGACGAUGAAAUGAAAUAAGUAUCGAUGAAAUGUAUUUUCAUUACAUCUAUUAUACAAUUUAGAAACAGAAUCUUUUCGUUGUGUCAUAAUUAUUUGUGCCCAAGAAAACAUUCAUGCUAAUUUCUUUUAUUAAUUUCUUUAUAUCUUAACAGAAUUAA